GCGAGGCCGGGGUGCAGAGACCGGAGCCCCAGCCAGGCCCUGCGCACCGGUCCAGGGACGGUGCCCGGGAGCUACGGCUGCCGGGAACCCGGCUGGGACCGCCUCGGCUUCGCCCCCUAAACCCUCGGCGUACUCCCAGCACGCAGGGGUGGCCGCGGCCCGCAGCCCCGGUGUGGGUGGCCCGGCGCGCGGCGGCUAGGGGGUGGGCCGCCCCCAACGCGGGGACCGCCGAGGGGCGCGGGCGGGGCCCGAGGCGGCGACUGUGUCCCGACCCGGCUCAGGGGCCGCAGGGGCCGCCGCGGAGCUGGGCUGCUUCGGAGAGCACCUGGACGUAGAAGGGUUAACGCGCCGCCGGGGCCGCGCAGAACAGGGAGCUGCCAAAGCCCAAGCAGCUCAGGAUGGGAUUACAAGUACCGGGUGGACCCAUGGAGAGAGUCAGCAAGAUGCAGCCCUGGGCUAGCAGAAGGAAGAAGCAAAGAGGGAGUGCAGAGGGGACCCAGCAGCACAGAAGGCGGGGACAGUGACCAUCGCCCCCAUUUCUCCUUCCCUUCAGCCUCAAGUAACAGAGUUAGGCAGAAAGAGCCUACCCCCUCCAGGCCCAGAUGGCCGACUAGAGGGCUUUCUUCCCGUCCACGCCUUCCUUGCCCAGGGCAAUCAAGGGAAGAGAGAUGGAGAAGUGGCCCGGCAGGCCCUGGUUGUGCCUGAUGCUGCUUCUGCCCCUCCCUCAGUUCUGCCAGGAUCAGGAGGUGUUGUCUGGACACUCUCUUCAGAUACACCCGGAGGAGGGCCAGGGCCUUGAGGGCGUCUGGGGUCCCUGGGACCAGUGGGCCUCUUGCUCCCAGCCCUGUGGGGUGGGGGUGCAGCGCAGGAGCCGAACCUGUCAGCUGCCCACAGCUCAGCUCCACCAGGGCCAGCCCCUCUCACCCAGGCCCCCAAGCUAUCCUGAAGCCCUGCUCCCAGGGACUCAGGGCCCCAGACCCCAGACUUCCGGAGAAACCCUCUCCCCUUACAUUCCACAGACCUGGGGAAGAGGUGGCCUAUUUCAAGGCCCCACCUCUCAAUUAGGGCGAGAGCAGGCCCAGGGGAUUCCAGGAGCCCGGAGGUCCCGGGUUCGAGAUCCCAUCAAGCCAGGAAUGUUUGGUUAUGGAAGAGUGCCUUUUGCUUUGCCGCUCCAUCGGAACCGCAGGCACCGCCAGAGACCGCCCGAACCUGAGCCUUCCCAGGCCUCAGAUCUUCCAUCUCUGACUCCAAAAGCAGAGCUGACCUCCACAAACCAUACCCCUCCAACUCAGUUCUCUCUUACAGAACUGUCUGUCCAUAUCCCGUCCCCCCUGGCAGAACCCCCAGUCCCCAGAAGUGCUCAGACAGAGGUGCCGUCUAGAACCAGGCCUUAUCCCACCCGGUCCCAACGCAGAGCCCAGGCCACAGACACAGAACCCCCCUUGUCCACCCCAUCCCCAAGAGAAAGUAGCUCUUUCCACAUGUCCCCUCAGCCAAGAAUUCCAAGUUCCCAGGGUUGGGCCGGUCCCAGGCUGGCAGAAAGACGCCCUAAUCCCUCCCUUUCUGUCCCUUGGGGCCGAGGCCCGCAGAGCCAGGAGCGCCAGAGACCUGGGGGGACUCUUCACGGGUCCCUACUGGAGUCUGCCUCUCUCUACGCAGAUGGCUGGUUGCCUCUUCUGAGUGCUGGCGCCCGCUCCACCUCCCUCUGGAGCCUCUUUGCUCCUAGUAGCGCUGUCCCAAGAUGUUCUGGGGAGAGUGAGCAGCUGAGAGCAUGCAGUCAAGUGCCCUGCCCUCCUGAACAGCCAGACCCCCGGGCUCUGCAGUGUGCAGCCUUUAACUCCCAGGAGUUCAUGGGCCAGCAGUACCAGUGGGAGCCCUUCACAGAAGUUCAGGGCUUCGAACGCUGUGAACUGAACUGCCGUCCCCGUGGCUUCCGCUUUUAUGUCCGUCACACUGAAAAGGUCCAGGAUGGGACCCUGUGUCAGCCUGGAGCCCUAGACAUGUGUGUGGCUGGACGCUGUCUGAGCCCUGGCUGUGAUGGGAUCCUUGGCUCUGGAAGGCAUCCGGAUGGCUGUGGAGUCUGUGGGGGUGAUGAUUCUACCUGUCGCCUCAUCUCAGGGAAUGUCACUGACCGGGGGGGCCCUCUGGGCUAUCAGAAGAUCUUACUGAUUCCUGCAGGAGCCUCCCGGCUCCAGAUUGCCCAGCACCGGCCCAGCUCCAACUACCUUGCACUUCGAGGCCCUGGGGGCCGGUCCAUCAUCAAUGGGAACUGGGCUGUGGAUCCCCCUGGGUCCUACGUGGCUGAUGGGACUAUCUUCCGGUAUAACCGUCCUCCACGGGAGGAGGGCACAGGAGAGAGUAUGUCAGCUGAAGGCCCCACCACCCGACCUGUGGAUGUCUAUAUGAUCUUUCAGGAGGAAAACCCAGGUGUUUUUUAUCAAUAUGUCAUCUCUUCACCUCCUCCAAAGCUCGAGAGGCCCACCUCAGAGUCCUAUAUCCCCCAACUCCAGCCCGAGAUUGUGAGGGUGGAGACCCCACCUGCUUCGGUGCUGCACCACCCCCGGGCCCUGGGCGUCCUCCAGCGCCAGGUGCGGGUCCCCCAGAUGCCCGCCCUGCCCCAUCUCAGGGCUCCCCUGAGGUCUCUGGCUGGAUACUGGAAGCGGGUGGGGCACUCCGAGUGCUCAGCAUCGUGUGGAAAAGGUGUUUGGCGCCCCGUUUUCCUCUGCAUUUCUCGUGAGUCAGGAGAGGAGCUGGAUGAAGACAGCUGUGCCAUGGGUGCCAGGCCGCCAGCCCCUCUGGAACCCUGCCACGGCCCCCCAUGCCCCCCAUACUGGGAAGCUGGUGAGUGGACAUCCUGUAGCCGCUCCUGUGGUCCUGGCACCCAGCACCGCCAGGUACGCUGCUGGCAGGAGUUUGUGGGGGGUGGCUCCUCAGUGCCCCCAGAGCGCUGUGGACAUCUUCCCCGACCUGACAUCACCCAGCCCUGCCAGCCUCGCCUCUGUGGUUACUGGGAGGUUCGAUCCACCUGGAGCCAGUGCUCUGUACGGUGCGGGCGUGGCCAGAGGAGCCGGCAAGUUCGCUGUGUUGGAAACAACGGUGAUGAAGUGAGCGAGCAAGAGUGCACUCCAGGCCCCCCACGGCCCCCCAGCAGAGAGGCCUGUAACAUGGGGCCCUGUACCACAGCCUGGUUCCACAGCGACUGGAGCUCCAAGUGCUCAGCUGAGUGUGGCACAGGAAUCCAGCAGCGUUCUGUGGUCUGCCUUGGGAGUGGGGAGGCCCCUGGGGCAAGCCAGGCGGAAGCAGGAGCAGGAGCCAGUGAGCAGAGCUGUGCAGCAGGAAGCCGUCCCCCUGACAUGCGUGCCUGCAGCUUGGGGCCCUGUGAGAUGACCUGGUGCUGGUACACAGGGCCCUGGGCUGAGUGCUCCUCAGACUGUGGCUCUGGUACACAGUGGAGAGACAUCAUCUGUGUGUCCAAACUGGGGACUAAGUUCAAUGUGACUUCUCCUAGCAACUGUUCUCACCUACCCAGGCCCCCUGCCCUGCAGCCCUGCCAGGGACAGGACUGCCACGACCGAUGGUUCUCUACGUCCUGGAGUCCGUGUUCUCACUCCUGUCAGGGGGGCACACAGACAAGGGAGGUCCACUGCCUGACUGCCAACCAGACUCUCAGCACCCGAUGCCCUCCUCAUCUGCGGCCCUCCAGGAAACGACCCUGUAACAGCCAGCCCUGCAGCCAGCGCCCUGCGGACACAGCUGGAGGAGGAGGAGCUUGGCCUGGCUGGAGGGAGCUUGCGGUAGAGGCACGGGCGGAGCCAAGGCAGUACUGGAUGUCCUGCCAAGGACACAUUCUUCAGAGAUGUCUCACCCUAGUCCCUUCCCUCUCCCCUCUCCUGCCCACUUCAUGGGUCAAGAUAAACAGCUUGCUUUGAGGGGAAGUGAGAGCAGUGGGCAGUCUUUUCCAUAAUACAGAUCCUUUCCCUGAGCCCUAGAAUUCUGAGGUCUGAAUCCAGGUCUCCACUUCCAGAGCCAGACUUCCCAGGGGUCCCUGUACCUAGGAAGGGGAGCAGUGCAACAGAAUUGAACUCCCUGUUGGAAGCAUCCACCUCCCCAUCUCUGCACCUCCCUAAGUCUGGCCUAGUGAGACCAUAAUAAAGGCCCGCAGAAACUGUUGAACUCAGUGACUACUAUUUCCUGAGUACACGCAGACCCUGUGAAGGACACCUGUGUUGCCUGAGGAGACAGGAUUUCUCUAGUGGCCUCCUCACUUCAGACUGCUGCCUUGGGACUUAGGCUCUCCCUGAGUUGGAAAUGGCUGUGAAAGACGACUUUGGACAUCUUGGCAGGACAGUGGGUGAGGAAAGAGGCAAGGGAAUGGAGGGAAAGGAGAAUGAAACUGACUCUAGCCCAGGACAAGGAAUGAGGAAAGGGGUACAAGGAAACUCAGUCUCUGCUCAGCCUAAAGAGGAGGUGUCAGACCUGUUCUUCUCUUUGGUGAACCUGUAAGGGGAUCAAAGAUGAUCCCCAGGGAAGUAGGACCUGGGCAGCCUGUAGUUACUGAGGGCUGAAGUCCAAGGCCUAGGACUGGAGGGAGGGGUGGCGGUAACUAGCUGGGGCCCUCCCCGCGAUUCCUGGAAGCUGCAGCUGGGUGGUGGCCCCAGUUCAGCUGACUUCCCCGAAGUACACCUCCCUCUUUGGGCUGUUGCUGGGCUGGUCUGGAGUGCUGCCUAUGCCUGAGAGCCAAUCACACGUUGGAAAAGUAGCUGCAGCCCCGCUCGGACUCCCCCAGCCUCAGCCCUUGCUUUCUCUCUCUGACAGCCCCUGAGCUCUGACUUCUCAGGAUGUGGGCUUCCGUCAGGGCAGUUGCCCCUUUCCCCUCUUAUUUUAAAGCCAGACUCAGUGCAGCCCCUCGGGGUUCUUUCCUCUGGCCACUGAGGUCAGCAUGGGGUCAGUGCACACGUUUCCAGGAAGGGGAACCUGACUGCAGGUAACCCCUUUCCUUGUCCCCUUAGAGGACAGUGUGGCCAGACACCUCUUUCUUGACCUCCAAAACCCUGAAGGGACUUGGGAGAGAGGAAGCUACAGUUCAAGGCCAGGGAGUUGUGGUGGAGGGGCCCCUAGGUUUGGUGCACUGGGGGGAACUUAGGGAAGGACUCAGAGGAACCCGAGCACUGAGGUGGGGGUGGUGUGGUGAUGGGAAUAAUCGUGAUAUGCAUGAGAGAGCUCAAGCGUGCAGGCGGCCAGUGUGUUGGUGAGGGCUCCUCAUUCCUGAGUGUCUGCGGGGGCAAGGGAUUGUGGUUCUGUGUUGGGGUACUUACAGGUGACCUUGUGAGGUCUCAGUCCAGCUGCAUCAGGAUUCCUCUCCCCUCCCCUCUCCCAGCUUCCCCAGGGUAAUUACCCACCCAAUUAAGCUGCCACCUUCAGACUAAAUUUAUCUCCUAGACUUCCCCAACCCCCUGGCCUCCCUGCAAGCAGGUGCUCGCAGCUGCGGAGGGCAGGGGGAGGCAGUCUCCAGAACCCCAUAGUCUUCACUUGACCAGAUUCAACCUCUCUGGUAACUAGGAGUGAAGCAGAACAGAGGGUCCAGCACAUGCGUGUCUCAGCCUUCAGUCUCCCUUCUCAGGCCCAUUAGAGAAGACCUAAGGCUAGAUGAUGUAGACAGCCCUCCAGGCAGUGGGAGAGCUAAAGGACAGAGUGAGAGCGAAGCCAAGAAGCUCCCCUCCAGAUUCUCCAACCAGGUCCUCUUACAUUUCUUGUUUUCUCCUCCCCAGUUUUAUGAAUAGAGACUUCAUAUUAACACCCUCUGCCACAAGAGUAAACUGAAUCGUGAGACCUCUCCUCUCCUUGAACCAUGGAGAAUCACGCUAGAGUAGAGACUGUAGUUUGAGUGUGUGCAAUGGGGUGGGGGUCCCCAAGUUUCUACCCUCCCUUGUAGCCCAUCCCUCAAAUCCACCAUCUUUGCUGCCAGGAUGUCAGCUGGGUGGGGAAGUUAGGGCAGAGGGGGCUUAUCUGUCACAGGCAGGUGAUGAUGAGGUGUCAGCUUUAAAUGGCUGCAGGCACCUCACAGGAAAUAGAAAGCUUCAGGAAAGUACCUAAGUGUCAACAAAAGCAGUCAAAAGUUUGGGCUAACCUCAAACUAGACAGCACAAAUCCUGACUCUGACUUCAGGCUCUUUGACUGAGCAGACUGGGGGAAACUCUAGAGGGAGAUGUUUCAGGGCUGAGGUCUGAAGAAAGGAGAUGAGGGAGCAAUGUUCAAGAUUAGUCCAAAAGAAGGUAUGCAUGAGCUAUGUCACAUGGCAGUCAGAUCCUGGGGAGACCUGUGUUUGAGUAGCCUGGGAAAGAACCUGAGUAGUCAGAGGAGAGAUGGGUUCAAUUUCACGAAGGUCCCAGGUUGGGGUUAGGAAGUGUGUGUUGUACUCUUUUCAGCCUUGCCUGAAUCUCUAAGAGACAGCUCUACAGAACUUUGACAAGGAUAAGAAACUGGGGGAGAAAGGUAGGGCUACUUAAAAAGGAGCAGGCUGAGUCCUGGUAUCCCUAGGCUAAAAGGCAAGGUGGUGGGGCCCUGCCCUUGAUGAGCCACAGAGUUCUGUCCCUGGAACCUAAGUACCCCUUUCUUUCAUCUCUACCUUCCUCCCUUCCCUCCCUACUACCUAUCUUUCUCUGCCUGCCUUUCAUUAAAUAAGACUCCCUUUAGCUCUGGUGGAGGACUGGGCAACCUUUUUCUCUUAAGGACCAGAGUAAGUAUUUUCUGCUUUGCAGGCCAUACUCUGUUGCAACUAUUCAUCUCUGCUGCUGCUGCAGCACAAAAGCAGCCACAGACGAUAUGUAAACAAAUGGGCAUGUGUUCUAGUGAAACUUUAUUUGGAUAACAUUAAAAUUUUAAUGUCAUAUAAUUGUAAUAAGUCACAAAAUAUUUUUUUCAACCAUUUUUAAAAAAAUGCAAAUACCAUUCUUAGCUUGUGGACCACACAGGCUCAAGGACAGCUUCGGCAGGCAGGCAAUUUACUGACCCCUGGCAUUUUUUCCAUCUGGCUGAACUCUUCUGCCAGCCUACACAGAGUCCUGUCGGGGGAACAGUAUCUUUUAAACCAUCCUGUCUCCCAAUGGCUACUUCUUAAGGGCUUCUCCCGGAGAAUCCAACAACUGGGAAAUGGCUAAGAGAAUAAACCCUUAAGGGAUAUUUCUCUAAAUUCCUAACAUUUAUAUAGUGCUGUAGGUAAAACAAUUAUAUAUAUUCUCUGUUUAAAUCUUUACAAUAAUAAAAUAGUAAGAUAGGAAAGAUAGUGAAAUCCAGUUUAUAGGGGAGAAACUAAGGCCUGGGACCUAGUCUAGUCUUCACUUUUUAAAUUCUACCUAAUUCCUUUGUUCUGUGAUUUAACUUCACUCUCAUAGAGUACCCUUAUCAAAAUACUUAAUAAUUUGGGCCACAGUGAUCCAGAACUCGGCUUUUAUGUGUUUUUUGUUGUUUUCAAAUGUCUUUCAUGACUUUUCACAAUUUAGGAAAAUCCUGUUCUAGAUUUUUUCAUCCCAAAGUGUCAAGGAAUUAAAAAUCCUUUCAAAUAUAUCUUCAGUAUUUAAGUCCAAGGAAAAAACUGAAGUAAGUACACAUGGUCUUUAUUUAAGGUAUAAUGGCAUGCAAACAUAGGCUUAUGUAUUCCUGGUUGAGCCACAGAUUUUUUUUCCUAGGACAAAUUUUAUCACUCAAAGUUGUGUGAUAUGUCCUGUAUUUAAAGGCAAUGCAGCUGCGUUUUUUACACAAACUAUAUUUACUAUUGAUAAACAAAUCCUUAUUCUGUAUAAGCAAUUUUUCAUCCAUUAGCAUUAAUAUAUCCCUUCAUGGUUCAUAAUGGGGAAAGGAAGAUACAGAGACCCUACCCUGUUUCAGAGUAGACCCUAACUAACCAAACUUUAAGGUGGGGGAAAGGAGCAAGCAAGCAGGGAACCAACCACUCUUCCUUACCAUUCUCUAGCUCCUCUGCAGAGCUGUUCUUCCUUAAAGCUGAAGAAGUCACCUCAUUUCAAAACAGACACACACACAGCUUCAUUUCAUUUCGAAACGAAGUUGUUUCCCUCUUUCUGUUUCUCUACCUUCGUGAGGGAUUUCUGAGAAAUGAAAAAAAAUGUCACCUCCCAUACUCAGUCUGCAGUUUUGUCUUUUGUUUUUUUUUAAAUGGACAGGAGAGGGUUAGAGGAGAGGAGUAUACUGCUUAAGCAUCCAGUAUUCAUCCAAACUUCACAGGGUAAGAGAAAUGCCAUUUCCAUAGUAGCCCUUAAGCAGAGGUGGGCCCUGCCUUGCCUAAGAUCUGGGCUUUCAGGAUCUGAGGAAAUAAACAAACUAUGGUUUCAGGAAAUUUCAGUAACAGAGCAGUGAAACCUAACAGCUGCUCCUUGCAGUAGCCCAGCUGUCUCUCCUCCCCCCAUUCCCACCAAGGACAUGAGAUGGGUGGGAACUGCUUCGGGCAACUCAGGCAACACAGGAGGGGAGGUACCAGCUGAGGUAUGAGAGAUCUGGGCACACAGAGGAAUAAAAUGCAUAUGAGAGCAAUGUUUCCUACCUCCCCCCAAAAUCUGAACACCUAAGAGUCAUACCAACCCAGUAGGGGAGACUAUGAAAUGUGUAGUGAAAUUUUCUAAACUAACUCCUCAUACUAGACAAGAACAUUAAAGGUAUUUUUCUUUAAGAAAA